UUUAAGCCACGGGUCCGGGAUCGCGCGAGGAUUGUCUCUACCAUCUCAGCUUCUCGUCAGGCUGCGCACCUCGCGCGUCUUAGCAUACAUCACCAUAGCGAAGCACUGAUCCUCCACGAGCACUGUGAUGAAACGGAAAAGAACGUGUGCCUGUCACCACAGAAAUGAGUGAGCGGUCUUCCAGUCACUCAGUGAAGCUUGUGUCCUUGGCCCAAUCACUGUCCCAGCUUGGGUUUGAGGCCGCCAAUGGAAGCCCCGUCAGCCCCCCCGACGAUGACGAGCCCCCUCCUCCGGAGUCCGGCAUCGAGCUAGGCCCUGGAUUAUUUUUCUCCGAUGGCAAGAGAAAAGUUGACUAUGUCCUUUGCUACAAAUACAAAAAAAAGCCAUCCAAAGCACGCCUUUCAAUUAUCUCCAAUGGGACUGUGCCCGUUUCGAUUACGGGCCGCUGUGAGGUGGAGGCAGAGUCCGGGGAUGGAGGUGCUCCUGCAGGAGAGGUGGAGGAGUCAAAGCUGACUGAGGAGGAAAAGGCUUUAAUGAGGCAGGAGUUUGAAGCGGGUCUAAUGGAAGCAGGACUACAGCUACAGCGUGAUAAAGAGAGGGCUAAAGGCAUAGGGUUUAUCCGGCUUCACAUCCCAUGGCCAAUACUCAGUCGAGAAGCGGAGCUCCAGAAGAUCAAAGUGGCUGUGAAGAAGAAGUGUGAAUUGCGGAAACGGAUGGGAAUUGCUGGGAUGUGGGAUUCCAUUAUGAACAAAAUCAGCACACCGUUUCUUCCGGAUGUUCCUGACAGUGAGGUUCAAAGAGACUCACAGACACGUGUCCACUUCAAAACCCUCAAACAUCCUUUUAUCAGAGACAAGCUCCACCUGUAUGACAUCAAGUCAACAGAAACCUUAUUUGACAACGCAACACGCAGCAGAAUAGUGGCUGAGAUUAUUUCCCGCACCGUCUGCAGUCGAACUUGGCAAACCACUGGCAUCAACUCAUUAUUGGCUCAGGGUGUCUACGACUCUGCCUUCCCUCUGCAUGAUGGGUCGUUCACAAGGAGAGGGCGGAGAGAUCAGCGAAAUGACAGACAGCUCCUCCAUGAAGAAUGGGCCAACUAUGGAGUCAUGUAUAAAUAUCAGCCGGUCGACUUGAUCAGGAAGUACUUUGGAGAGCAGAUUGGGUUGUAUUUUGCCUGGCUCGGUGUCUAUACUCAGCUCCUCAUCCCCCCCUCUGUGCUGGGCAUCAUUGUCUUCCUGUACGGUUUAUUCACUGUGGAUACCAAUGUGCCAAGCCAGGAGACAUGUGAUGACCGCCAUAACAUCACCAUGUGUCCACUGUGUGACGGAGUGUGUGACUACUGGCUCCUGAGCUCCGUCUGCUCACUGACCAGAGCGACGUACCUGUUUGACAAUGGAGUAACUGUCCUCUUUGCCAUCUUCAUGUCUCUGUGGGCUGCCUGUUUCCUCGAGCACUGGAAGAGGCGCCAAAUGUGUCUGAAACAUAUGUGGGACCUUACAAGCCUUGAGGAUGAGGAGGAGCGAGUCCAGGAGGAGCUGAGGCCUGAAUAUGAAGAAGCUCUGCUGGAGAAAAAAGCAAAGGUGAAAGAACUGUCAAAGAAAAAGAUGGCUCAAAUUGGGGAUGGUAUAGAUGGAGAAAAAGACCAAAUGCUGACCUCACAGCUUGAACCAGAGUCCCUGGAGAUUGAGGAUCACCUUUCAGGCUAUCUCAUCAAUGUGUCCACUUUACUACUGCUGAUCUUCGUCACCUUCUCAGCAGUUUUUGGGGUGGUGGUUUAUCGUAUCUGCAUGUUGAGUGUGUGGUCCAUGAACCCUGACCCUGAAGCCAAGGCCAGCGUGAGGAUGACCGUCACCACCACAGGCAUCAUCCUCAACAUGCUCGUUGUUCUGGUGCUGGAAGAGGUCUACGGAUCCAUCGCUGUGUGGCUGACUGAACUGGAACUUCCUAAGACAAAGGAAGAGUUUGAAGAGAAGCUGAUCUUUAAGUCUUUCUUCCUCAAGUCCAUGAACGCCUUUGCACCUAUUUUCUAUGUGGCCUUCUUCAAGGGCAGGUUUGCUGGGCGGCCUGGGGACUAUGUUUACGUCUUUGGAGAUUAUCGCAUGGAGGAGUGUGCCCCGCCAGGCUGCCUCAUCGAGUUGUGCAUCCAGCUUAGCAUGAUCAUGCUGGGAAAGCAGCUCAUCCAAAAUAAUGUAUUUGAGGUUCUCAUACCUAAGCUGAAAAAGAUGUACAGAACGAUACAGGAAGAAAAGGGAAAGAAAAGAGCAGCACAGGAUGAGGAUUCUGUAGCAGAAGAGAAGAGGCCGAAGCAACAAUUUGACAAAGACUUCACCCUUGAACCCUAUGAAGGGGUGACUCCAGAGUACAUGGAAAUGAUAAUCCAGUAUGGGUUUGUGACUCUGUUCGUGGCCUCCUUCCCGCUGGCGCCAGCGUUCGCUCUGCUCAACAACGUCAUUGAAAUCCGCCUGGAUGCUGCAAAGUUUGUCACUGAGCUCAGGCGGCCUGAUGCUGUGAGGUGUAAAGACAUAGGGAUUUGGUACAACAUACUCUGUGGAAUCAGCAAGUUUUCUGUCAUUACCAAUGCGUUUGUCAUCUCCUUCACGUCAGAGUUUGUUCCACGAAUGGUCUACCAGUACAUGUACAGUGAAAAUGGCACCAUGAAGGGCUUCACAGAGCACUCACUGUCCUACUUUAAUGUCACCAACUUCCCACCGGGCAGUGCGCCCACCUCCACCCUCAUCACCGGAGUCUCUAUGUGCAGGUAUAAGGACUACAGAGACCCACCGUGGGACUCUCAUGCCUACACCUUCUCUAAACAGUACUGGUCUGUCCUGGCUGCAAAAUUGGCCUUUGUAAUAUUCUUCCAGAACUUUGCAAUGUUCCUCAGCAUGUUGGUGGCCUGGAUGAUCCCAGACGUGCCGCGAUCUCUGCGGGAACAGCUGAAGAAAGAGAACAUGAUGCUGAUGGAGUUUCUGCUGAAUCAAGACCAAGGAGCACGUGCCAAAUCUCACUCCCCCGAACACUCAAUCUCCUGCUAUCCCGCCAUGGAAAUUGUGGUGGAGGAACCAAUGGGAGAACUACAAGAGCCGCAAGUGGAGGAGGACGAGGAAGAAGAAAGGGUUGAAAACAAUCUGGACGGACUCAGAAGUAACAGUGACAGUGAUCUAGAGGUUGGGAGGUCUUCGGAAGAAGUUGAAGAGAAGGGAAAGGAGGAGCAAGGAGAGGAAGGAGAAGAUAAAGGUGUAGUAGAAGAGGUAGAAGAAAACGAGAGGGAAAAAGAUGAAGGAAAAAAGGAAGAGGAUGAAAAGGGGGACACUGAGCAAGAGGUAGGAGAAGAAACAGUCAAAGGAGAAGAAAACAAAGAGGAAGAAGUAGACGAAAACAAAGGGGACGAAGUGGAAGUAGACGAAAACAAAGGGGACGAAGUAGAAGAAAACAAAGGGGACGAAGUAGAAGAAAACAAAGGGGACGAAGUGGAAGUAGAAGAAAACAAAGGGGACGAAGUAGAAGAAAACAAAGGGGACGAAGUGGAAGUAGAAGAAAACAAAGGGGACGAAAAGGGAGUUACGGAGACGGAGGUUCAUUAUGAGGAAUUUACUGUGGAUCUGGACGCCUUCAUGAGUCAGAUGGGUCUGUUAGAUGAUGAGCCCUUCCCAAGCACAGCCAGUGAGACAGAGCUCCCCCGCUCAGAGUCCAAACAGGAACACCAGAAGGAACAGAUGCCUCCUUCACAUCCAUCGUCUAAAAGAGGCUCAUCCCUGAGCCUGAGUGGCUCCAGGGCAGAACUGACUCCAUCAGAUAUUGACACGAGGCCGUUCUCCUUAAUUGCUCCUCCUCCCAAAGAGCAAGUCUCAAGGGCCAAGUCCAAGACCCUGCCUUCUCGUCAAAGAGAGUCGGAGGCUUGUUACAGCCUGCCGCGGCCCAGCCACUCCACCAGCCUCACCAGGCUCCAGCAGGCGGCCACAAGUAUUCCCCUGGUCCCACUGGGCUCUUCAUUACCAGCCUCAAGCAACCAAUUGUCUCCUCCCCACAGACCUGUGUCACCAUCAUCACCUCCUCAUCCUGCGGAGUCUCUAUCGGCCCAGCAACCCCAAGCCCCCAUUGAACUAUUCGCGCUGAAAGGCCCCCCCCCUCAGCAGCCACGCUCCAGGGGCAAAGCCCGGUGCUCCACUCUGCCUCCCCGACAGAGAGCCCCCGGUCCUGAGGAGAGCUCCAUCAAGCCUAGCCAGUCCACCAGCUUUACAAACCUGGGGGGCCGCAUCCCCCCCUCCCCCAGUGAACUGAAGCACAACUCACCAGUAUGAGAGAGCUGGAAGGGAAAGGGACAGAGGGGGUCAGAGGGAGGGGGAGGACUAUCCAGAUUAGCCCCUCUGUGACUGGAGCCUCACCCCUCCGUCUGUCCUCCCUCUCUACCCACAUAAUACCUGGGGUCUGAAGAGUAACCACUUAGAAACACUGAGCGUGCUUUUAUCCUCUUAAUCUUCAUUGACAUGUUUUCACCACUCAGAGGUUUAGGGCUGACACUGACAAAGGGAGUGCUGGACAAUUCAGAGGAAGCGGCUCUGAAACUCUCCCUCCCGUGCCAGAAAACAUUACCACUGGAACUUUGACUCUUUCUAUUCCUGCUGACUUUUUGGGGGGUUUGUUUUUUUGUUGGUUUAUUUUCACAGCUAAAUAGCCACUGCUCCUCUACCAUUUUCUGUCCCACACAUGCAGCAGUGCUGCCUUGUAGACCAGAGGAAGAUGGAAAUAUAUACAGCACCGCUAGUCUCAACACUUAUGCCUGUAGAUACCGUUUAUUUCUAGAGGUUUUGAUAUAUAUAAAAAAAUGUGAUUUAUAAUAAAUGAAGGUUUUUA